AUGGCUAGUAAUAAAGGUAAAAGGGCUUGUGAAACCUGUAAGAAGCGGAAGAAGAAAUGUUCGGGAGAGUUACCAUGUAUAUAUUGUGUUAAGAUAGGAAAUUCACAAGACUGUGAAUAUAAGACCCGACUUCCAAAGAAAAAGGUAAAGGUUUCCGAAAGAUACAUUACAACAUUAAAGUCGAAGGUUCGUUUAUUGGAAAGUAGACUUGCCAAGAUAAAUUCGGAUAAUAGCGAUGAUGAGGUACAAUUUACUGAUGAAUUGAAUCCAUUGGUGGAGAGAGGUAACAGUGCUAGUCCAAAUAUUGUAGUGGAGAAGAAUCUGGGGGAUUCUGGUUGUCUGAGUUUUCUGGCGAGGAUUCAGAAUACACUGCUUAAUUGUACUGGAAUGCAGAGCUUAGACCAGGACUUGUCCACGAAGUACGUUGAAUUCAGCCAAAAAUUGGAUUGGGACAUCUUGUGGGAAGCAUACAGGGAUAUUCCUUCCCUUGAUAAGGCCAGGAGGUUGAUUCGUUUUGCUCAAAGGACUGUUGGUGCUGAUUACCUAUUUGUAAACAACCAGUACAUUGAAAAUACUAUUCCUCGUGUCUUCUAUAAAAACAAAACGGAAAUAGAAGAGCAGUACAGUGCGGUAGGUUUUGCAGAAGAGCUGGCUCUCUUCUAUUCUUAUCUUGCAAUGGGAUGCUUGUUUCAGAAUCCAACAUCAAAUGAGGAGUGGAAAGAAAAUGAUAGGCCAAAUGGAUUUGCAUAUUUCGAGAAGGCUUUGUAUAUUCAAGGCAUGAUCCUGAAGUACUCAGAUCAAUCCAAUGGUACGAAUCUCGUACAAAGCUUCCUCUAUGUUGCUUAUUAUUCACUUUCUGUGGAUAAAAGCUCCCUUGCAUACGUUUUAGUGGGCAAUGCUAUUAGGAUAGCACUUGUUCUGCGUCUACAUAAGAGGUCAAACAGCCAAACCAGUAAUAGAUUAUUCUGGUUAUGCUUUUUGUAUGACAGAAUCCUUGCCAUAAGAUUUGGGUUUCCUUUGAUAAUAGAGGAGAAGGAUAUCGAUAUUCCUCUAUACAGCGCUUUCGAUGAUAAUUAUUUGGCAGUGUCACUGGAGAAGUAUCAUUUUGAGGCACAGAUUGCAUUGGCUAAGAUUACGACAAAUAUAAUAAAAAGGAUAUAUACUAAAAACAGUACUUCAUUUAUUCACAACUGUCAUUCUAUCCUGAAAGAGUUGAAAUCGUGGUUUGAUAACCUACCCCCUCAAUUAAAAUUUGAUUAUAACAAUAUCAAUCCAACCACAUCUCGUUCCACCAUUAAUCUUCACAUUAACUACAAUUAUCUCAUAAUCCUAACAACUCGUUCUGUGGCUUUUUACGUUUUCAACAAAGUGCUUUCAACAGGAAAAACAACAGAUCAGCUCUUUGUCGGUAAUCUAAAGGAGAUAAUCACAAUAUUAUUGGAAUCAAGUAUCAGUGCAGCCCAGAUCCAAAGUAUGAUCCUCACAAAAUUGUAUUACAAUGGUAAAAUGAUGAGUCGAUCUUUUUUGGAUAGUCACUAUAUUUUUAAUUCCAGUAUUGUUUUAAUUUUGGCUGUCUUUUUAAGGUCCCUACCGAAUUAUCUAAUUGGAAAUGUACAUGAUGUUUCUGUUUUAGUUAGUCGCGUACAGGACAAUUUAGACGUUUUGCAACAGAUAUCGCAAUAUAAUGUAGCUGCUUAUAAUCUUAAUAAGCAACUUACAGAGCUUAUUGAACUUAUAAGUUGUGAUAAGGUUCAAAAACAAUUUCAAGGAAGCAUCCAAAAUCUAAUGAUGGAGCAACAACAAAAGAACGAAAAUGACCUUGGUGGUUUAAGCCACAUUGAUCUUUCGGAAGUUUUGGACUUAAUUAUCACCAAUGAUGAGGAAGGGGAUGCGAUUAAUUCUUACUUCGAUGAAGAGGAUUUCAUUAGGUAUUCCAACUUCAACAACUUCUGA